AUGCUUUUGUCCAACCUCCUCGCCGCUUGUUCGGUGUUAGCUGGCGCAGCAGCAUGGAACACAGAUGUUCACAAUCAAAUCGGAUUUCUGGCUGAGGAAUUCCUAUCUCGCGACACAAUAGGCAUCAUCAAGAAGAUCCUCGAGCCCCAAUACGAAGGAUCAAUUGGCAGAGCCGCCGCAUGGGCUGAUGCCUACCGCCGCGAGCCAGGCGGAGAGUACACAUAUCAAUUUCAUUGGAUAGAUUCAUUGGAUACUCCCCCUUCAGUCUGUAACACGUAUUACAACCGUGACUGCACGAAAGGCGGUUGUAUUGUGUCGGCCAUCGCAAACCAGAGCAUGAUCCUGAGGGGCUGCAUCCGCCUCGCUAAGGACAACAAGAUCAAGAACGGGAACAACCUCACCUGUUCCUAUGCUCUGAAAUUCGUUACGCACUUCACCAGCGAUCUUGCUCAGCCGCUUCAUACCUCAAAUCUUGGUGCUGGAGGCAAUGCGUUCAAUGUUUCGUUUCGAGGCAAGACGAACAAUUCGGUUCUGCACUCAAUCUGGGACGGUGCCAUCAUCUACUCCCGCGCCAACGUCACAUCCUUUAGCAACCAGACCAUCGCGCCUUACUUCUCCGCCCUGGCAAAACGCAUUAAGAAAGACGACUUCUUUACGCCAACUGCCAAAUGGAUUUCCUGCACCGAUCCAGCCACUCCAGUUGCCUGCGCUAUGGACUGGGCUGUCGAUUCCAAUAUCUGGAAUUGUGAUUAUGUGUAUAGUCAGGAUUUCAGCGCGCCGGAUCUGAAGACUAGUGGGUACUUUGCGGGUGCGUACCCCAUUGUGGAGAUUCAAGUAAGCAAGGCGGCGUAUCGGCUGGCGACUUGGUUGAAUGCUUUGGUGGAUGGGAGGUAUGAUAAGGAAAGGGAGGUUAUUUUGAGGGUCAACCCUGCUUGGAAGGAGUUGUGA